AUGUUUCGUUUCUGGGGCUCGGAUUCUAGGGGCAGUGAGCAGUCGAUAGAUACCUCACAAGGUGCCUAUGGCCACUCCCACCAGCAUCCGACGCCUUCUCCCACGACAGCUUCCGACCCGUCCUCGCCCACCACGCAUCCUUUGAAAAGAAAACUGCCCGGUCUCGACGAUGCCGAGUCGCUGUCGCUAGACUCUGCCGAGCCUGGCUCCAAGCGCGCCAGACGCGCCGACGACGACAACAUGUUCUACGCCCAGCAAGAUCCCCUCGACUGCGCCCGCGACGAAAUCCGCCACCAGUUCGGCCUCGAGAUUCUGCUCAAGCACGACGAGCUACGCCUCAUCAACCAGGAGCUUGCCAAGUGCCAGGUCGCUCUCGAGCAACUGCGCCGCUGCCACUUGAUACCCUACCCCGUCAACUGCCCUACACCCGACCAGAUGCUUCACGUCACCAACGGCAAGGGACCUGCGCUUGCCAACCAUCCCGCCGAGCCUGCACCCAAAUGGGCACCGCCUUUUGGCGUCGUCGACGGCCCCUAUGCUCGUCACUACGCCAAGUGGCUCAUCCCCGACCCCUCUUUCGACGGGAUCCAACCCGAGUGGCAGUUCACAGCCGAGUUUGCGGCGGCGCGUGCCUCGUUCGCCGAGGGACGAACCACGCGCAACAGUUUCACAGAGACUACCGUCGGCAAGGGCCGUCCCAACCGUGCCAUGUCUGGCCAGCGCCUGCAGUCUCUUUCCAGCGGAUACCCCCAGCCAAAGGACAAGGCUGGUCCUUGUAUCCUGAAGCGCUCCGAUGGACAGACUGUCAAGCUUGUCUGCCUCGACUGCAACCGCGAGAAUUUCUCCAGCACGCAGGGCUUCAUCAACCACUGUCGCAUUGCCCACAAGCGCGACUUCAAGAGCCACGAGGAGGCCGCCGUUCAGAGUGGCCAGCCUAUUGAUGCCGCUCCAGAGCCGCGCACCAACAGCAUCGUUACACCUGUUGACGACAAGCCUGCCCCCGUUGCCUCGACCUCGGCCUUUGUGCACCCUUUUGCUGCCCGUGAUCUCAACGACCAGGAAGCCUAUGCAGCUCUGCGUAGCAGAAUUGCUGACGCACUCAAGCUUAAUUCUGAACCCAAGGCUCCCGCUGGCCGUGUCGCCAAGCAACAAAAGAAGAAGACGAACAAGUUCAAGGCUGCUGCUGAUGCUCCCUACCUCUCCAAGUUUAUGCAGGGCAAGGAGUUCAACUGCAACCUCGGCGACAUUGUCACCGACGCCAAGACCAAAAUUUCUUUGGACGAGGCUUCUGGUGACGAGUCUGACGCCGAUAGCUCGUUGCCUCGCAUUGGUGGCGACCCCUCUGCUGUCCGCUCGCCGGUUGUAAUGCGCAUGCCUGCGCGCAGCUCCCCGGCCCCGAUGGCCAGACCCCCAAGCUCCAAGGGCCGCCCUGCUCAUAUCGACUUUGUGUCGCCGCCCCGUUCUUCUUCUGCUUCUCAAGGCGGGCUGUCGGAUGAUGAUAUGCCGAUGCGCGAAGACAACCUCAGCCCUAGCACCCUGGUGAGCAACAAUGCGCCUUCCCUGGUUAGCGACGACGGAGAGUAUGACGACUCCGAUGAGGGCUCGUCUGUCUCUGAGGCUAGUGACCACAUGGAAGCUGGUUCUGUCUCUGAUGUCGCCGAGAUUGCGCUUGAUGAGGAGCAUGAGCCUCGUACACUUCGUCGCGGCUCUGGCACCGUCCGACUUCGCAAGGACGACACAAAGCACGUCACCUUUAUGGGCCCAAUGAAGCAGGGCAACAACAAGCAGCGAAAGUCUCGCCGCGUGUGA